UCUCGCCUCGCCUCGCCUCGCCUCGCCCGCGGUAUACUCGGUCCUCGCAGCCCAUCCACCGCCAAGGCCGCCCGGUCCCUCCUGUAUAUAAGAACGGGCGGCCAGUUCUUCGGUGUUUAAUCUCGAACACACGGGCACGGCAAACAGGCACUAUGCGUUCCCUGGUGAUUGUGAGUGUAGUCCUUGGCGUCGCCCUCGGCCAAGUAUUUCCUCGUGACACCCCGGAGGUUGAGGCUGCGCGCAACGCCUUCAUCGCCGAGUACAACCGCUUGGCGAGACUGGCAGAGCAGGCGCCCGACAUCCACAUCUACCACCGCGACCCCGAGCAGGACCUCUCGGCACCAUCCGGCGUGGUGCGGCACCGGCCCAUCAACCCUCCCGCCUUCAACGCCUUCUCCUUUUCGGCUAACUUGGGCGCCAACCAGCAAUUCGUGCCCGGCCCCAACACCUUCCCCGGUGCGUCACACAUGCCCGGACACCUUGCUGGCCACCACGUCCAUGCCGCCCCCACUCACGCCCCCGCCGCCCCCACUCACGCCCCCGCCGCCCCCACGCACGCCCCAGUCAGCUUCAGGGCCUCUCAGAGGCCGCGCAUCACUCAGGCGCCGCUCUUCAACAUCGUUGACGAGCCUGUGGCGCGCUGGACGGGGCCCUUCGCUGACGAGGUGCCCGCCGGCCUCAGUGGCCACGUGAUGGAGACACCGAGCGUUGCCGCCGCCAAGGCCGCCCACUUCCAGGCCCACGCUGACUUCUGGAACCAGGCUACUAGGAAUAAUCCCACGCAGGGCUGAGGAGGGCGACGGCAGUCCCAGCAGACCCUUUAGGAGCCCCGGGGAGGCCCAUGCAGGCAGUCCCCGGCCCGUGCCAAAGAUGAACGUUGUCGCCGUGUUGCCAUCCACUUCGACUCGUGGCCCCGCGCCACGCGCAUGCACUUCACCCUCACCCCCUCCUUGUCUGUCUCUCGCUAGGCCUCUCAUCACUCCGAAAUCAGUAUUUUUCUGUGCUCAGAUUGUCUUUUGUCUUCCCACAGAGUUUAUUGUAAUGUUCUUUAUUAGCGUUACGUAUCCUGUGUAUGUAUGAUUGUGAUAGAAAUAAACCCCGUCGACGGUUACAUAAA